UUCUUUACAGCCCAUCCGUUCCGUUUCUUCCAUGUCCGGUCAAAUUCUCACUGCAAAGUGAACCUCCCUAGUGCCCAAUUUUCACAGCCAUCUAGCCUGUUUUAGAUUCUUUGAAAGAAAAAACAAAAUUGCAAAAAAUUUGGUGAGAUUGAUGAAGGGCUUUUUGCGACCUUUAGGCAGGCUCGGAGGUUAUAGAUGCUACGCGACAUCGUUUAGUAGAUCAAAGCUAAGGCUUGAAGGUGUUAAGGAUGUCAUUGCUGUAGCUUCUGGUAAAGGCGGUGUCGGCAAGUCCACUACAGCUGUUAAUUUGGCUGUUGCACUUGCUACCAAGUGUCAACUGAAGGUGGGAUUGCUUGAUGCUGAUGUUUAUGGACCAUCAAUUCCAACAAUGAUGAGGAUUGAUAGAAAGCCGGAUGUUACUGCAGAUACAAAGAUGAUACCAAUUGAAAAUUAUGGCGUUAAAUGUAUGUCAAUAGGAUUUCUUGUGGAGAAGGAUGCCCCUAUUGUAUGGAGAGGUCCAAUGGUCAUGAGUGCUCUUGAGAAAAUGCUGCGGGGAGUUGAUUGGGGGAAUCUUGACAUUCUGGUAGUCGAUAUGCCCCCUGGUACUGGCGACGCACAGCUGACUGUGAGUCAAAAUCUGCAAUUAUCAGGUGCUCUUAUUGUCUCGACUCCACAAGAUGUUGCGUUAAUAGAUGCUCGUAGAGGAGUUAAAAUGUUCUCUAAAGUUCAAGUUCCAAUUUUGGGAUUUAUAGAGAACAUGAGCUGCUUCAAGUGCCCACAUUGUGGUGAACCUUCAUAUAUUUUUGGGGAAGGAGGAACCCGAAAGACAGCUGCUUCAAUGGGUUAUAAUUUUAUCGGUGAGAUACCCUUAGAAGUGGAGAUCAGAAAAAGCAGCGACGAAGGCAUCCCUAUAACAAUAUCUUUACCUGAUUCUGUAGUCUCAAAAGCAUAUAGUGGUGCAGCGGAAAAUGUUGUGAAGAGACUUGAGGAAUUGACAAAGGAAAAGACAUUUCAACCGGAGAUUAAUUUGUGAAAUUGAGCUGCCUGUUUGAAGAAGAAACUAAUGCAUCCUAGGCCAUCUUAGGAUUGAAGUACGCACUUAUCCUGAGUAUAUCCCUACACCUAGUAGGGUAUAGAACACUUGAGACCAAUUUGCACCAGAUUGAUUGCAAAUUGUCAAGUACAUAGGCAACACUUUGAGGGAAGCUUUCAGGGAAGGAUGAGUUUCUGAAAGACAGGUGUAGACAGAGGCAAUUUUGCUGUAAUUUUUCUAAUAUUUAGCCACAAGAUGACUCUCUCUCUCUCUCUCUCAUUCAGAAUUUGCAGACCUGUUAGUGGUUAGACGUUGGGAAAUUGAUCUAAAUAGUUGCUGUAAACUUCUGACUAGUUUGGGGAUAAAACCUAACGAUGAUGAGUGAAAAGCCGCACGCACUCUCUCCCUGUGGACUUGUACAUUUGAAAAGACAAGAAAAAGUGAAAAAGUUUAAACUGGUAUAUGUAAGCGUUGUUGUAUUGACAAGAUCGAGAAUUUGAGUAUGUGGGAAAAGUUCAAUAUUCACGUCUGGGUUGAAUACUGAAUAUAUUCUGUUCUGUGUUGAGGAAAGUAUUAAGUGUUGAGCGGAUUGCAAACCUGCAAUGAAAAAGGCCAUCUUUCUUCUGCUGGGACGUCUUAUUUGGGUGGAUUUUGAGUACAUAAUCUCCAUUGAGAGGAAUCUACAUGCAGCAUGGCGCACAUAGGCCCUCCAAGUCGAUAUUAUUUAUUUAUGCUUUUCAAAGUUCUUGAAAGUUUAUUUGUUUUCUGUCUAAUUAUUUAAAUGCUAACAUUUAUGCCAAUUUUAAACAUCGUUUAUUCAAAUGAGCCCAAAGCGGCUAUGUAAUUAUAAUAAUUAUUUUUUUAUAUAUUAUAGAAAUAGUUGUAACAAUUUCAAA